CAGGCAAACACAUAGACACAGACAACCAUUCACACUCACAGCCACACCUGUGGUUAGAGUAUCCAAUUAGCCUAGUCCCCAUUUUGCAUGUCUUUGGACUGUGGGGAAGCCGGAGAGAACCCGGAGAGAACCCACACUGGCACGGGGAGAACAUGCAAACUCCACACAGAAAGAUCCCACGGCCGAGCCGGGACUCAAACCCGGAACCUUCUUGCUGUGAGGCGACAGCGCUAACCACUGCACCACCGUGCAAGAUUAACAUAAGACUCAUCUGAAUAUGAGGUGUUGGUGAUGUGAGGAAAAGAUGGAGGAGGCAGGGCCAGAUCCCUCUGACUCUGGGGUCGUCACCACAGAGACGGUCGCUGACAGAAACACCUGUCCUGAGCCUGAACAGUCUGCAGGUCCUGGAUCAGCUGACUGGACCCUCCCACCACCCACAGCUAGUGUGACCACAGAAACAAAACCUCCUCUGCCUCCUGCAGGCUCCACCCCCUCAGAUCCAUCUGCUGACACCUGGAUGACAUCACAGCUGCAGGCUCCUCCCCUAGCACCGUUUCAGAAUCAGCUGAUCAUCAUGGAGCCGCGAGGUCAGACGCUGUCCUGUGAAUGUCUGGUGAUUGUGACGGACCAAUCAGAGGGAAGAGAGUAUUUUGUCAUUCCGUCCAAUCAGCUGUCAGGGUCCCAGCUGGCUGUGUUCUCCUCCAGCAGUCCAGCAGAUCCUGUUGUUGACGUCCCGGUAACCACGGUAACAGAUGACAGCACCAGCAGCAGUGGAGCUCCCAGUGAACAGACGGCUGCCACCAGCCGUCUGGAUGUUUCUGCUCCGACGAAGACGCUGUCCUCCGACGCCCCCAGCUGGGCUCUGAGACUACGCAGCAUGGAGAAGUUGGGAGAUUCCUACAGAGGGUUCUGCUGUUCGGGGGCAGAGGUGGAGGCCAUCUUGUUGCUCCAUAAACAAGAGACCAGUUGUGUUUUUGGGACUCGUCAGUCUCCAUCUUUGGACAAACCAGCAACCAGACUCAUGUGGAAGUCGCAGUACGUCCCCUACGAUGGCAUCCCAUUCGUCAACGCAGGCAGCAGGGCAGUGGUGAUGGAGUGUCAGUUCGGACCUCGCAGGAAGGGACAGCAGCCGAAGAAGAAUUCUGAGCUCACUGAUGAGGUCACGUACAAAGCUACCUGUCCGGCCAGGAUCUACAUAAAGAAAGUUCGAAAGUUUCCAGAGUUCAGAGUUUCUACAGAGCUGACAGCCGACAGGAAGACAGUGAGACAGGAACAGGAAAAGGCCUUCCAGUGUCUGAAGAACCAGAACCUGGAGACUGGAGGGGUCAUCAGGUUUUACCUGCAGCUCCCCACUGAGAGAGCUCACCUGUAUCAUUCUAUGGACUUGCCCCCCAUUCCACCUCCUCCCCCUGACCUCCCGCCUCCCACCUACCAGCCUGAGGAAGAGGAGGAGGAGACAAUGGAGGAGAAGGGACAGCAGACUGGGCUGAUGCCGUCUCGUCUCCACCCGCGGGUGGCAGAGAGGAUCAGACAGCUGGUGGCUGCAGGUCAUCACCAGGUCUACACCGUCCGCAAACAGCUCAGGCGUUUUGUGGAGAAGGAGCUGUUUAAAUCUGAAGGACUUCCAGAGAGACACAACCUGAGGUUCUUCCCCACCAUCAACGACAUCAAGAACCACAUCCACGAGUCCCAGAAGGCCCUGGGGCUGACGGCCAGCGCCACCGAGUGGACAGAAGGCAGUACUGACCCCCUGGAGGAGACGGUCACACUGACACUGACUCCUGCUGCUGAAGACGUGGACGGCAGUGACUGUUUGUCUCCUGAAGCCGUUCAGCUCUUCAGCUCUCUCACCUCUCUGCAGCCAAAGAUCUUUGCUCAGCUGCAGGGAAUCCUUCAGCCGCUCCCUCCUCCUCCUCCCUUGCCCUCCCUGCCCCUGGUCAUCAGUCCCUCCUUCUUCCUCCAGACCCCUGCAGGGGGGUCAGCAGGGGCAUCGGGCCCAGAGGAAAAGCUAGAUGUGGGGCAGCAGGCUGGUGGAGGAACCCAGCAGGUGGUUCUCCAGAAUGGAGAGAACGUGGAGCUGCAGAUCAUCGAUGCCACUGACAACAGAGAGCAGGCCAACGAGCUUCAGGUGGAGUUGAAGGAAGAAGAAGAAGAGGAGAUGAAGAUGAAAGAGAUGGAGGACCCUCCAUGUUGAAUCUACAGAAUUAAUAUCAUUAGUGUGACAGUCAUGUUACUCUGCUGCUCCGAAUUAACACUAACUCAUUAAUUACAUUUGAAUUAAUUUUGUUCUUUGAGCUGCUGCUGGGCUUUUACUUUGAAACAUCUGUGCAGGAAGUGUAAUUUGAUGGUAAGCAUUUAGAAAUGAUCAGUGAAUGAAAACUGAAUUUCCUUUAGAAAACAGGGUAAAUCAUUUUUCAGUGUGAAGUUUAUGAUACGAGCAGACUGGUCGUACAGCUGAAACUUACAAAUGUGAAUAUUGUUGAUGUAAAUAACAUCCUGUGUUUUGUACAGUCUUAAUAUUUGCACUUUAUCUUUAAGAUGGAAAAUGUUCUCAAUACAUUGUUUUAUCAGGUUAUGUUUUUUUUCUUUCAUUAAGGACUAAUGUCAAAUUAAUGUGAUUA